CUGAUCUAUUCCGACGUCUUUUUUCCUUAUGCUUUGCAAUGGGCUGCUCUGCCGGGCGGGGCACUCUGGCCCAACGCCUGGAGGGCCUCGAUGGAGAGGCUGCAAAGGCCUUGGUGGCCAAAGAGCUUCAGAAGGGUCUUGCCCUCAACGGCACGGAUGCCCCUCUCCCAGAGGCUGUUCGCCGUCAUGUGAAGGCUGCCGGUUUGGAGGCACUCCUGGCUGCAGGGGCUCCAAUCUGUGAGGAGGUUCUGGUGGCCUUGCUAGCACGGCUGCGAGUGGGCGAAGACCGCGCUGUUGUGAACGUGUUUCUGGACCAUGGGAUGGAUGUGAAUACGCAGGAUCCCAGUCCAGAUGCUGAGACCUUGCUUAUGGCGGUCAUCCGUUCAGGUGAUGUGGCAACUGUGGAGGACCUCCUCAACAGGGGAGCGGAUGUGAUGAAAACAGACUCAAAGGGGAACACUCCCUUACAUGUGGCGGCAGCCAGAGCUGACGAAGCGAUAGUGGAUGCUUUGCUUCAGAGAGGUGCAGUGGUGACGAACAAAAAUGAAGACGGUCACUCAGCAGUGAUGUCAGCGCGUUUGGCCUCGUUAGCCCCGAACCUACGUUUGUCUGGCGCAGGAGGCUGGGCAUCCAAAGAGAUCCUUGCUCACAAGGUCUUUGGAAAACUGGACAAGCGGUACUUGAAUGCUGGUGAGGAGGUUUGGAGAUGUCCUACCUCUGGAGAUUGUUGGACAGCAUCGUCGCCUCCACCCAGCUUUCCAAGGAAUCACCAGGUAGCAGCGCGGCUUUCUUUGGCUGGGGAUGCCUUUUCCUUGGCUGAUGCCGUUGAGGGUGCAUGGUUGUCUGGCGAGGCACCGCCAAUGAAAGAUCAAAGAGAGGUGCAUCCGGCAAUUAUGCAAGCCAUCGUGAAGUUGGUACAAGUCCUGCAGUCAGAGCUCCGUGCAGCACUCGAGGCACGUGACCGGGCGAAGCUCUCAGCAGGCUUAGAGAUGCUUCGUUAUGCCAAGGUGGCACAACUCCCGGAAGAAGAAGCUGCAACCAGGACCUUGGUGUCCUUGGAACUGGAGGAGGCCAUCCAGAGUCGGAGUGAACUCGAACUGAAGCAGGCCAUUCUCAGCGCCCACCAGUACGACCAUCGAGGUUCAAGGCUCUACAAGGAAGCCCUUGAGACUCUACAGCAAGUCAUGGAGGAGAAGCGUGUGGAGCAAAUGGCCAGGCAGCUGGCAGAUGCAGCGGCACGGGGUGACUUAGAGACACUGCAUGGACUGUUGCAGGCAGGCCACUCAUCGCAAGCAGGACUGUCGUUGCGUUCAAGGCCUGAGUUUGGCGAAGCAGAGGCAGCACUCAAGAAGGGUGUGCGCCAAUCAUUGCAACGCGCUACACACAGCGGAAGCCGUCGGCAGGUGCGGCAGGCCUGCGCUGAGGCUCUACAGUACGGCUUCUCAGAGCUGCCAGAGUAUCAGCGCCUGGUGGAGUUGCAAAGGCAGCUUUGCCUACAGAAUCUUGAAGAUGCCUCUCAGCAGCGGAAAGAGGAGACUUUGCACGAAAGACUCAAAGAGUUUAUUGAGGAUCCGGAUCUUCUAGAUUGGGGCCGCAAGGAAGCCGGCUUUCAGACUGCAAUCCAGGUCUACAAAGAAUUGCUGUCGCUGCCACCGUACUUUGAAGAUGAGCAGGUGCUCAGCAAAAUCUCACAAAGCUACACAGUGAAGCGAGAGGAGCUCAAAGAUCAAAGGUUGAAGGAGGAAUUCAAAAGGAAACUGGAGAGGACAAGGGUGUCCUUUUCAUUUCUGGUUGCCUUCCAAGAGCUCAUGGACUUUACAUAUCGACGAGUGAGGACCAAAGAUCGGCGGGGAGAUGUACCGUCACGUCUCAUCGUCGAAGAAGCCAUUGUUGUGCAAAACCUACCGAAUUUCGUGGAGUAUAUGAGAAGAAGAGAGGAGAUCCGGAAGCACUGCAAAGCCAGUCCUCCAUCCACGAUGCUGAACGAUUUGCACAGCAGAUCGGUAUGCAAGACAUUCGCAAAGCUCCCGAACAGUGGCAAACAGUUUCAUAGUGUUUGGAGAGACGCUCACAACCUACCAGUGGAUCCUAUAGACGCUGAGAUCAAUGAAUACUACCUGUUUCAUGGUACUAGACCUGAGGCUGCCAACGCCAUUACAGAAGGCGAUUUUCGCUUGGAUUUGGCGGGAUCGAAUGCUGGGACACUCUAUGGCCGAGGUGUUUACUUCAGCGAGAGCACCGGCAAGAGCGACGAGUACGCAACUGAAGAUUCCAGAGGUUGGUGCUGCAUGUUGGUUUGCCGGGUCACCCUAGGUCGGAUAUUGUACACUGAUGAAGAAUAUCCUAACACAAAUGCAUUGGUGAGGCAUUGCACCAAAGGUGACAACCAUUCAGUCCUGGGUGAUCGUGAGCAGAUUCGCAGCACGUUCCGGGAAAUGAUCGUUUUCGACACUGAUCAGGCGUAUCCUGAGUUCUUGGUUUGGUACUCAAGGCAGCACUGAGCCACGGGCCUUUUUCACAAACAAUAAUAUGGCACAGACACCUGAACCUGGGAGUUUGUUGCUAUAAAAUAUAUAGACAUAUCAUA